AUGGAGCCGCCGAGGAAGAAGAGACCUAAAAGGAAUGACGCUCGAAUUAUACUGCAAUUCGACUAUGACUGUUUCUAUGCACAGGUCUUUGAGAACAAGGACGCAAAGCUCAAGAAACUGCCACUGGGCGUUAAGCAAAAGAAUUGUCUAGCGACCUGCAACUACAAUGCUCGGGCUCGCGGUCUCAAAAAGCUUAUGUCCGUCUCUGAAGCGAAAAGACUGUGUCCAGAGCUUGUCCUCGUCGACGGCGAAGACCUUACCCCCUUCCGUGACAUGAGCAAGACCCUGUUCAACUUCUUUAAAACCUUUUCGUGGAAUCACAAAGUUGAACGUCUGGGAUUUGAUGAGGUGUUUAUGGACGUAACGGAUAUCAUUGAGUACAACUUAUCCUGUCUCAACCGGGCAUUCCUGGAAGAUUCCUUCUUUUGCCUUUCCAAAAGUGAUCCUGAACGAGGAUUUCACUGUGAUGUGACGAGCAUUGCUGGGUGUGUUGAAGGCUUACCCGAUUCCACCCCUGACCUUAGCAACCCAGCCUAUAUGCGCCUCAUCUUGGGAUCACAUUUUGCUCAGUUCCUGCGGCAGCAGGUGGAAGAAAAACAUGGGUUUACAUCCACUUGUGGAAUCUCUACUAACAAGAUGCUCAGCAAACUUGUCGGCAGCAAGAAUAAGCCUCGAAACCAGACGACACUAAUGGCUAUUACUGAAGACGAGGUGAUCGCCUUCGUAGACAGCCAUAAAUUGCGAAGAAUUCCAGGGCUAGGGUUUAAAACUGUCCAGUUACUGGGUACUCAGGCUGGUGCUGACAUGAGUAAAGGUGUUUCCGAGAUUCCAGAGUUGAGUGACAAUCCUGUGACAGUUGCCGAUGUGCGCCUCCACCCUGACAUCUCGCCCGGAGCAAUAGAAAAACUGCUUGCUGGUCCUGGGUCAGAGAAAGGGGUAGGUGUACGAAUCUGGAGCUUACUACAUGGAGUCGAUACAACUGAUGUUAAGGAAGCCAGUGAUGUGCCAACCCAGAUCAGUAUCGAAGAUACCUAUAAGGGCUUAGAUACGCUGGCACAAAUAACGGAAGAGCUACACAAGCUAUCGUGCUCACUCAUAAGGAGAAUGAGGACAGACCUUCUUGUACCUGACGAUGGGGCAGACACUCCAGGGGCACAAAAAUGGAUUGCCCGACCAAAGACAUUGCGAUUAUCGCUCAGGACAUGGGCGUAUCUGCACUCAGCGCAAGGCCAGAAUUACAGUCGGGUCUCUCGAUCUGGGUCUCUACCGCCUUUUAUCUUCGAUUCCAAAGAUGACAUAGCUCAUAUCGCGGAAAGGCUUGUUAGUGAAGCUCUGUUGCCACUGCUCCGGCGUCUGUCUCCGGAGAAGGGACAGCGAUGGAAUCUACAGAUGCUCAAUAUCUGCGUGGCAAACAUGGUUGUUGGUGCAGCGGAUGACAAGACAGGAGCAGGCAGGGAUAUAUCUGUCAUGUUCAAACGUCAGGACGAAGUGCUGAAGCCCUUUCAAGUGAUGGAAGACAAGCAUGUCGCACAGAGUGAGGAAAUUACACAAACGGUGUCAGAAGGCGACGGUGAAGAAGAGGAAGACAAUGAUUGGGAAACGGGUGACAAUGCUUUGUGUCCUCUUUGUGGUCAUUGUAUUCCUUUGUUCGCUGUGUCGGCGCAUCAGAGAUAUCAUGAAAUGGAAGGGUCUGAAUAG